AUGUUUGCUGAUGCAACAUGUCAUCUUAAACCGGCUGGAAUGUUUGAUCCAAUUCUCGCAUGGUUGAACGGGCAGCUGGUAAAAAUUAUUCCCGUCUAUGGUGACGAAAAAAACGGGGAAUAUUAUGGCUUCUGCGAUAUCUGUGGCGCCCAACCAUAUGGUAUUGAAAAAUGUGAUGAUAAACUACAUCAUGUAAAAAGCCUACAAAACGAAAUCAUCGCCCUGCGCAAAAAAACUGAAGUACUGGAAAAAGAUUGUGAAAAAGGAAUAACCAAAGAAGGCAUCGAUAAACAAAUCCAAGCAUUAAAAGAUAUUCUAAAAAUUACUAUUGACGCAAAAAAAUUGUAA